AUGCGCGUCACUAACAGUGUCUGUGUGAGAAAAUUCAAUAAAAUCUCUGAACACGAAGGCUUGGCAGAGCUUCUCUGGACCCAGGACUGGAGGGGGCAGAACAGAGAGAAGCGGCUGCAACAGGAAAUGAGGAAGAAAAAACUGGCUCGGGAGGGCUGGCAAGACGAACGCGGAGCUGAGCCCAACAAGCAGCCGGCCCCUCCCAACCAGAAACUCCAGACUCCACAAUCGCUCUGCUGCUCCGAGAAACUGGGCCACCAGAUAAUGCUGGCAAUCCCCAGCUUCAAUAUUGGCCCUUCUCUACGACCUACUUGGGAUGACUGUCAACAGCUACUCCGGAUUCUGUUCACAACCGAGGAACGUGAAAGAAUUCAGAUGGAGGCCAGAAAGUUGGUUCCUGGAGACGAUGGACAACCUACUGUAAACCCUGACUUAAUUAAUGCUUCUUUCCCUUUGUCCAGGCCCCCGCGAGAUGAAUGGGACUACAAUACGGCUGAAGGUGCCCAGGUAACUGAUGGAUCUGGGAAAUUGUUACCUAUGCUAACUCUUACUUUGGAGGAUGAAUAUCGGUUACACCAGCAACCGCACUCCCCUGAUAAAAACAUUGCAGACUGGCUAGCUCCAAAGAGCCAAGAGCUAUUUGCUUUUGAAUGGACAGACAUUGACGGGGGUAUCAAUGGACAACUUACUUGGACGAGACUGCCGCAGGGAUUCAAAAAUUCUCCCACCCUGUUUGACGAAGCUCUACACGAAGACUUGGGUGAGUUCAGGCAAAAACAUCCCAACCUAACCUUGUUACAAUAUGUAGAUGAUCUCCUUAUAGCUGCAGAAAACCGGGAUGAAUGUAUCCAAGGAACAGAAAAUCUACUCCAGACACUGGGCACCUUGGGAUAUCGGGCGUCAGCAAAGAAAGCUCAAAUCUGCAGACCCGAGGUAACGUACUUAGGCUAUCUCCUAAGAGAAGGUAAACGAUGGUUGACCCCAGCCCGCAAAGAAACUGUUUUAAGAAUCCCAAAACCCCAGUCCCCACGCCAAGUAAGGGAAUUCCUCGGGUCAGCUGGCUUCUGUCGACUCUGGAUUCCAGGGUUUGCGGAACUAGCAAAACCACUGUAUGAGGCCACAAAAGACAAGCAGCCUUUCAAUUGGACAACAGAAGCAGAUACAGCAUUCCAACAAAUCAAGGAUGCCCUAUUGUCAGCCCCAGCUCUGGGGCUUCCCGAUGUCGUUAAACCGUUCUCCCUCUAUAUAGAUGAAAGUAAAGGGAUAGCAAAAGGAGUCUUAACUCAAUACCUAGGCCCCUGGAGGAGACCGGUAGCAUACCUGUCAAAGAAACUGGAUCCAGUGGCUGCGGGCUGGCCCCCAUGCCUACGUAUGAUUGCAGCCACAGCCUUAAUGGUAAAAGAUGCUGAUAAAUUAACAAUGGGACAAGAAUUACAUGUGAUCACUCCACACGCUAUUGAAGGAAUCUUGAGACAACCUCCAGAUCUGUGGCUCAGUAAUGCUCGGCUCACACAUUAUCAGAGCCUAUUGCUUAAUCCUCUCAGAAUUAUUUUUCAGGCACCCUCAGCCCUCAACCCUGCUACAUUGCUUCCUGACCCUGAUCUGGACUCACCUAUACAUGACUGCUCGGAAAUCCUAGCCCAGGUUCAUGGUCAUCUGCAAGAUCAUCUGCUGCUUGAUGCAGAUGCAGUAUGGUUCACAGAUGGGAGCAGCUUUCUACAUCAGGGUCAAAGGUAUGCGGGUGCAACAGUAGUGACUGAGACAGAGGUAAUUUGGGCUGAGCCCCUACCAAUGGGCACCUCUGCCCAGAAGGCAGAACUGAUAGCCAUGACUAAGGCACUAACAUUGGGAAAAGACAAAAAAUUGACUGUAUACACGGACAGUCGUUAUGCCUUUGCAACUGCUCAUAUCCAUGGGGCUAUCUACAGGGAAAGGGGAAUGCUGACUGCAGAAGGGAAAUCUAUUAAAAACAAGGAGGAAAUUGUGUCCCUGAUAGACGCCCUCUGGUUACCAAAAAAACUGGCUAUCGUACACUGCCCUGGGCAUCAAAAACCAUCUGAUCCAGUAUCAAGGGGCAACUGCUUGGCAGACAAGGUGGCACGUAACGUAGCCCUCCAGAGAGACGUGAUCACGGUUGCUCAACUCCCAGACUCUGGCCCACGAACCCUCCCAAAAGACCCAACCUACACGGAAGAGGACUUAUCAUGGAUUCACCAACAACCACUAGCCCAAUGCUUAGAUGGAUGGUGGAAAGACUCUGAAAAUCGGAUAAUACUUCCAGAACUGAUGGGGCAAAAAGUGUUGUGCAGGCUCCACCGGACAUGGGGACACAUGUCCACCCACAUGGGGACAAGGAAAUUACAGGACUUGGUGCUACAAGCAGGAAUAAGAAUUAAAGGUGUGCAAAAUAAGAUAGAACAAAUUGUCAAAAAUUGCAGAGUUUGUAAGUUAACAAAUGCUGGAUAUAACAAGUGUGAAUCAGGAAAUAGAUUAAGGGGGGAUAGGCCAGGAGCAUAUUGGGAAGUUGAUUUCACUGAAGUAAAACCUGGAAGGUAUGGGUAUAAAUAUCUAUUAGUUUUUGUAGAUACUUUUUCAGGAUGGGUUGAAGCAUUCCCCACCAAGCGGGAAACGGCACAGACAGUGGCUAAAAAGAUCUUAGAGGACCUCCUGCCAAGGUAUGGAUUUCCUGUGAUG